AUUCCAACACCUUUCGAUUUGCCGACCACGAUCAAAUAUCUACGACUCGCGCUGCCUACUGGACAAGCGCACCUGGUCGGUGCGACUAUAAAUCCAAGGUCAUCUGCAUCUUCCAUCCCGGCUACCGCAUGCCUAUAGCCCUGCAACAGUAUCGCACACGAGCUACCCAGCGGUAGCACCUUCCAUAUCGCACAAUGGCACGCAACGGCGGCCGCUUUCCCGGCCACAACCUCUCCAAUCCAUUCGCUCACCUCUCCGCGCCGAUACACCAACAACCCCAACUGCAACAGCAGCACCAGCAACAACAGAACAUGCCACACCCCAGCUUCGGCGGAGUUAACCAGGCCCACAACAUCAACCUUUUCGGUCAAAAUCAACAUAGUUUCCAAUCGAACAACGCUGGUAUUACUGGUGGCCUCGGUGGUGCUGGGUUAGGAGCAGCAGCUGGUUUAGGUGGGGUCAGUGGAGGGACAGGUCUGGACGGGCACGAGGCACGUAUGCGCUUCGCUCACGGUGCUCAACUGCAGCAGGACGCAGUACGCGGCCAGGAUGGCGCCAAAGGCCUUGCUGGGCAGCGGAUACGAGACGUCUGGCGGUCGAACCUGCACCAAGAGAUGGAUCUGCUGCGCUCCUUGAUCGAUCAAUACCCAUACAUCAGCAUGGACACAGAGUUCCCCGGUGUUGUCGCACGACCUAUCGGCGACUUCAACUCGAAAGCUUCAUACCACUACCAAACAGUGCGCUGCAACGUCGACCUCCUCAAGAUCAUCCAGCUCGGCGUCACACUAUUCUCGAUACAAGGCGAGAUUCCUCCCGCACAGCUCGACUCGUCCACACUACAGUACCAGCCCAAGUCGUUACAGCGAUAUGCAAACAACAUAGUCAUGUGCCCGUGCACAUGGAGCUUCAACUUCCAGUUCUCCCUCGAAGACGACAUGUAUAACGAGGAGUCUAUUCAGAUGCUGAAGAAGUCCGGCGCCGACUUUGAGAAGCACGCAACACAAGGCAUUGACCCUCAAGAGUUCGGUUCACUCCUGAUAACAUCUGGCAUGACGCUCUCAGAAGACGUCAACUGGAUAUCUUUCCACUCUGGCUACGACUUUGCAUAUUUGGUCAAGAUGCUCAGCUCCAAGCCACUACCUGAGGACGAGGACUCAUACCGCAAGCUCGUCGAGAUCUUCUUCCCUCGCCUUCUCGAUGUCAAAUACCUCUGGCGACAUGCGAAUAACCUCGUCCGCCGCGGCAUAAUAGGCGCCAAUGCGACCAACAUUUUGAACAACUUGGGCACGAAAUCAGGUCUUCAGGAUCUCGCUGACGAGCUGGGUUGUCAACGCAUUGGCAACUCGCACACCGCAGGCUCCGAUGCCUGGCUCACCGGUACUGUCUUCUGGGAGCUGAAGAAGAAGAUCUUCGAUGGAUUGAUCCUUGACGAGAUGAACGGGCAGAUGUGGGGACUGACAGGUGUUGGACCACCAGCCAGCGCGACGGCACAAGCCGCCGUCCUUGCUGCACAAGGGCAGCAAAGCCUCACUGGUUUCCAAGGUCUUAACGGUGGCAUGAUGUUCCAUCCUGGCAACGCAAGACACGGUGAUGGACCCAGCACACCAACAAACCAUCCAGCUGGUCUUGCAACAACACCAGGACCUACAGGCCAUAUGACUCCAGGUGGCAACUAUGGAGGCUAUGGCGGUAACAAAUAG